CCGGGCCGUGCCGGAGCCGCCGGAGCUGGAGCUGGUACCGGUGCCGGCUCCGCUGCCGCGGCCGCGCCCGCCGCUGCUGGGGGAGGCGGUGCCCGCGCCGCGCCCCCGCGCCCCGCCCGCCCCCGGCAGCAGCAGCAGCGGCAGCGGCAGCCUCAGCACCUCCGCCAGCUCCGCCAGCAGCUCCAGCGGCAGCACCAUGGACCUCUCCUUCAUGGCCGCGCAGGUGCUUCCUGUUAUGGGAGGAGCCUUUAUGGACUCACCCAACGAGGACUUUAGUACAGAGUACUCCCUGUUUAACUCAUCAGCCAACGUCCAUGCAGCUUCUUCCAUGCAGAAUCCACCAGAAGAGACAUCCCGUUCUUCAAAUGAUGCCAUUUUGUUAUGGAUUGCAAUAAUAGCAACAAUUGGAAAUAUUGUGGUUGUGGGAGUGGUGUAUGCCUUCACCUUCUAGGAUGACUGUCACUACAAACACUGGAAGAAAGGAAACCUUCAACAGUAUUUGUCAUGUGUAUGUAUGUAUGUAUGUGUGUAUAUAUACAUGUAUAUCUAUAUAAAUACAUAUAACUAGAGACUUUGUUGAUUAAGUGCUGCCACAGUCGUGGAAAUGAAAUGCAAGUUAAUCAUCUUAAGUCUUGAUGGCAGAAAGUUUGGAUGCAAAUUGUGUGGAAUGAGAGCUUUAGUUGAGAACAGAGCCAAUACCAGUUUUGUAUAGAAAUGUAAUAAAAGAGAGAUCAACUUGGGUAUAGUAAAUACAGAGAGAUAUUUAUAUAGAAAGUGCUUAUUUUUUACUGUAGAUUUUUCUAGCAGCUCUUCUGCAGUUUGUCAGCUUCUUUUUUUUGUGCAUUUUUUACUGUGGUAUAACAUUAUAUGGAAUUGUUCCAGGUCAUGUUUUCUGGACAUCUUAAUUUCCUUGAUGGACCAAGAGGUUGGCAUUGGCUCAGUUCUGAUGAAGUCCAAGUUCAUCACGUGUGGGUCUUCAGCAUGGCUGUGGGCUCCUGGGCUCUAUUCAAAAUCAUCAGUCUCACAGCCAUGACAGGCAGAUGCAGGCUGUCUAUUACUUGCCUUCCAGUUUCAGUAACUGGACCUGGUAAUCAAUAAAUUUAUGCUGAACCUGCCUGCUGUUCAGGAGGAGGGACAGCUAUUGCUGCUCUGCAGACCCUCUGAAUUUCAGAGGAGAAAAUGAUAAACAGAGUAGCAGCACAAGUUCCCAUUUCUGUCUAGAGGUAUUGGAUUGCAGUGGUUUGUAUAUGCAUCCCUUCCAGGAAACAAAACCCUAAUACCACACUUCUCAUCCCAUUGGACUGCAACCCAGAUUUCUUACAACAGCUAUGUGCUUUCUUAAGGUUAUUAAUGUACUGAAAGAAUGAUGGGAAAACUGUAAAGCCUAAUUAAUAGUGAAUAUGUCUAUGAGAAAGAUAAAAUUGAAAGAACGUUCUGUGCUUAUGCAGGGUGGAUUCAAGAGUCAGGUAUGUCCUGGGGUAGAAACACAAGAAGAGUAGUGAGUGUCAGAUUUGCAAGCGCUUAUAUCUCAGUAUAAGCACUUGCUUAUAAUAUAACUCUUGGUUCUGGUGAGGGUCUUGGAAGAGUUUUUUGGGGGGUUUUUGGGGUUUUUUUUUUUUUUUUUUUAAAUAUAGCUGGCUUUAGGUAAUGACUCUGAUUAUCCUUUGAAUUUGUUCCACUGAGAGGCAACAUUUUUACUGCAUUUUUUCCACAGGCAGUUCAUUUUCAAGAGCUGUAUCUUUUCAAGACAAGCUGUAGCCUUCCUUGCUUGAGAGAUUGUAAAAUCUUGAGAGAAGAAAAAAAAAAAAAAUCACCACUGUUGGAAAUCUUCCUUCAUCCCCAUAAAAAUUAAGCAACAAUACAUAAAAUGUAUGCACUUUGAGAGCAGCAGACAAAUUCUUCUUCUGUGUCUGCAUGUACUGUCUAGGUUUCUGUCUCAUGUAGCUAAUACCCUAAUUCCAGAAAGCCUUGUCUGCAGGAACGGAGACUAUUUUUGACACUUGCCUGCCACUGAGCUUGAGGCUGGGCUAUGAGCUGCUGAAUGUAUAGAGAGGUUUGGAUUUUCCACUUUUCUCUUUAGACCCAUUUUCCUGCAGGGCUGGUGGACAGUUACUUGUAUCAAAGCAGCAUGCACCAAAUCAGUAUUUAUAACCACUCAGCAGUCACUGUGUAUAUUUUUUCUCUCUCUAUGAACUGUCCUUUAAAGCUAGGAAAGAUGCAAUCAGAGCUAGCAGUGGGAGAAAAUAAAUUAGGUUAUUUUGAGGCUGAGAAAAACAAUUAUGAGCUUCUCUGUGUGUUGGUAUUUCCUUGUUUGGAGGCAGGAUUUUGUGAAGAUGGUUGAGGACAAAUAAGACCUAUACUGGGAAAAAGUUUGAGAAGUCCAGUUGUGGAAGAUCAGAGGGAAAGAAAGCAAAUACUGUCCAAUAAAAUAACUGUAGUCUUAAGGAUGAUAGAAAAAUUAUGAUUUUCAUUUCCUAAAAUAGCUAUUAAUUCCUUCAUAGUCACAGGACAAUGAAAAGCAGAGAAGCUGUAUAAAAGGUCUACCUUCUUUGUUUUUGCACCCCUCUUUCUUCUUGCUAAGCAGAAGGGAAGCUGUUGGAAAGCUGCAGAGAAGUUUCCAAUGAAAAACUGAGCAGGACAAGGUCUGGUGUGUAGGAUCCAUGAAAAUAUUGCUUAGUGUACUUUCCCCAACCAUUUUCUGAUAUUCUGUUGCCUUUGUAAUUGUAUCAGUUACCGAUGGACUUGUCUUCAUUGUUCCUGCAGGCUGUCUAGUUAGGCCAGAUCCUGCAAGCAUUUUUGCAUAUAGAGCAAAAUAUUUCCACCAUGACUAAAGCCAGUUUGACACAAUGGUACUUUCCCAGUGGGAUUAUUCUGCUGCCUAAUGAAUUCGCCAGUGGAGUUCUUUGCUUAAAUUUCCUAGAAUAUUAAUCUUAGUGCAAUUAGCAAUGUUUGCUUCUCUCUCCCAGAGCACUGGACUAAACUCUUCAACCAUGAAGAAAAGCAUUAGCGUGGGAACAGCAAAAAAACCCCACUAUUCUGCUAGUGAAACUAAGUGACACUUUUGUGUUGCUUUUCCCAAAGAAAAUGUCCUACUUUGAUGUGAAACUGAUAGUAAUAGCAGGAGUUUUGGAAAACAAUGAGUUCCACCUCCUUCAUUCUAGAGCAUCAUCAUACAUAUUUUCAUUGUUAGAGACUGUGUUGUCAAGAAGGACCAGACAAAACUUCAAUUUAAUUAAUUGGCUUGACAAGGUGACAUGGCAAGCUGGGUGCAAGCAGCAAGUGCAGGCAUUUCCUGCCUCAUAGUUAAACUGCACACUAACUAUAUACCUUCUCUGUUGGGAGAAAAAAAUUCUAGGAUGCAGGUACAAGGAUCCUGCACGUGAGUGUCUAUGUGAAAUAUUGUCAGGUGUAUUGAAGAUCCCUAAAUCGCAGUGGCCAGAGCUGGUUCAAGCUCUGCUCUACUUUGAUAGUGACAAUAUGCAUAUUAUAUUUCUGGAUGUUGUGUUCUGGCUUCCUCCACUACAACCACUUCUCUCUCUGGGAGGUUAGUGAAGGUUUAAAUUAAACAAUUGAGAAAGGGGACUAAUUAAUUAUUAAGUUCAGAGACCCUGCAGAGUGGAAUGGAGCAGAGGCUGUGUGGUGGAUCUUUCACAGGUAUGGACCUAUGAAAUAUGUUGCCUCUUGAACUCUCAACACAGCUUGACUUGGAGCACUGUAGCUUCUCUGUUCUUGGAGCCAGGUAGCUGAAUAAUUGAUGUCACUCACUGAGGAGUGAUGAAGAAGCCAAGCCCAAACACAUUCCCCAGAGCUGUUUUCUAAAGCUUUUCUUUAAAAGAACAGGGUUCUGUGCUUUGCUGAGCACUUUGUGUAUAAGUUUGAGAAAAAGAUUCCACUUGACCAGUGCUUCAAUUAAAAAUGUCUCGCACAGAUAGCAGUUAGAAAAUCCUGACUGCAGUUCAUUCUGUGGGAGAUGAAGCAAGCCACUUCCUAUAUGCUCUGCCUCUAGAGGUGUUUUACCUCCAGCUCUCUUGUGCAACCUCAUCAUUCAAACACAAGAAGCAACUUUGGCCUGAAAAGUUAUCAGUGAGACAAGGAAGACAAACUGGAGUGCCCUAAUAAUUCCCUUUUAACCAUGGCCUCUAGGGAUCUAUGGCAACAUACCAAAUAAUCAAACUUCCUCUAAAGAAUUCUUUUCCUCAAAGCAGCCAGCUGCUUGACACAGCAGCUGUGCAGCCAUCACAGCAAAGAGACUAAAGGCUGAACAAUUAUUCAGGUGUGUGCAAUGGCACGUAGAACUGUGUGGGCAAACCCUCUAGAGCCAUUGCUGUUGUAUUUUUGUCUGUAAGUAGGAGUCUGUGUUUGCCCACAGCAUUAACAACCUGUAUUUCUGUGUCAACACACUUGCAAAGCUGGAAAACCAAUUUUGAAACGGAUGCAACAAUAGUAGCAGAGAGACUCAUCUGCUACAAAUAAUGUAUUUAGCCUUUCAGUGGGCAGAUUAAGUCAUAGAUAUCUCAGAAGUAAUGAGAUCUCUGCUCCAAAAUCCUCACUUGCAACAGGACUUGAGUGCAGUCAGCAUCCCACCAAGAGUGAAUAGAAGCAUUCAGCCAUUAUUGUCUUACCCUGUCCACCCAUUUGAACAUAAAAGAAAAAAAUACACCUUUGUGUCUGGGGCCAAAUGAAAACAGGAGCCUCUAGUCAAUGGGUUGUUAUGUAUUUUGCCUAUUAUUAAAAGCUUUUAUUUUGCUAUUCUCAAGCAAAUCCAGUUAUUAAUAUCCUUUUCACAUUUUUCUGCAAGCUGCUGAUAGUUAUUAAUUUUGUGCAGCACUGUCCAUUUACCCAGGGUAAUUUGACCAAGUUUCCUGUGGCUAAUCACAGAGUAGAGUCUGGAAAUUUGCUCUUUUUAAGGGUGAUUUCCAUUUGAGGUAAACAGAUUAAAGAUCAGAAUCCCAGAUCAAAAUGCAUCUGUGCUUUUGGAACACUCGGAGCUCUGGAGAAUUGGAUUUCAUGUGAUUAACGUGCAGGAAGGAAAGGGCAGCAAGGUCCCUGGUGGUAAUGUCAGCCAUGAGGUUCUGACAGGCAGAGCUGAGUGGUUCAUUAGCUGCUGCUGUGUCCCUCUGAGCCCUGCUGGCUCCCUGGACACGCAGCCAGGGCUGACUGUGAGCUGAACACCAGGUACAGCACGUCCCUCCUCCCCUCACAGCCUGCUAAUCCUCAGCAAAACAAGCACAUGUGUUCUAUUUACAAAGAGCCAGGGAUCAAUAUUCUGUUAGCUGUAUUGUUCCUGCUACAUUCUUCAGUCACCAUAAGGUCAAAAUAGGUGCCUGAACAAUGUACCAGGAACAAUACAUGCAUUUAACAUGCAUUUAGCCCUUUACCCCUUGUCUCAAAGCAUCCUAAAGCAGUCAAGGCAUCCUGAGCCUUAAAGUUCCUUACUGCCUUUAAUCUGACACUAACUUUUUGUGUUUCCUCAUACAACCCAUCUUUGCCUUUUACCUCAUCUUUUCAGCACAAAAUAGGGAAAAUGAAGUCACUAUGUUCUUCUCUGGACGUGUAGGGAACUCCUAAUAGCUAUGGAUGGACCAGCCAUGUCCCAUUUUAGUUUGUGGUUCUUCAGGCAUAAAGAGGGAAGUUUCCCAAUUACCUACAUAAGCAGUUCCAUGGAAAUAUUUACCUUUACAGAACAAACUGCAUGACAAUUUUAUCUCAUUCUGGCCUGUCCCAGAAACAACAUGGCCAGAUCUACUUUUGCUGGUUUGGAAAUUACACCAACACAGCCAUGAACUGGAAAAGAAAACCCUGAUAACACAAACAUGUCACAAUCAUCUCAAGGACAUGUCUCUGAAGGCAGUUUUGCCUGAGUGACAUAGGCAGACUUGAGCUGUUGGUAGCAAGGCAAGUGCCCUUUUGUGUGAGCACAAAUAGUCUCCUUCUCUUUGGGAAUUCCUGGGAACAUUGUGCCACCCAUUCUGUCUUUCCCAGGCUACUAUUUUCAGUUGUAGAAAAUACUCUAAAACAUUCCUGUGUUAGAAUACAUAUAAGAUUUGCCUCCCAAAGCUCUGUUUAGUCUUCCUGCAAAAGCAAAAACCACCCUAUUUUCUCAAGCAAGGAAUGUUAAUGAGUCAAAUAUAAUCUGUACAGUAGCAUUGUUUCAUUUUAAUAUUCAGUUUUCUGCCAGUAGGUCUCAAAGGAGAUCUUACUAUUAUCCAGACUUUAAAGAUGCUGAGAACAGGAGCUAGCAAGAGAAUCACACAAUAUCUCCAAAGUCACUGCCUAAUCCUUUAGGCUGUACCAUUCCUCAUUCCUUCCCAUAUUACACUGGUAAGAACUCACAUCCAUCUCUUUAAACUCAUUGUCACCAUCACAUUGUCUCUAUGACUUCAUUUUAGUUCUCUCCUUGUCUUUGCUGUAUUCUCUUCAUUCUUUGGUAUCAGAGCAUGUGAGCAUUUGGAAGCCAGAAGUGUUCUUCAGCCCUUUUUAGCCAGCUCCUGGCUGACCUCUGAGAGUAAGGUUAGUGAUCAGAAAGGACAUUCCACAGUGAGGGCAAAGAACAGUGACACAAGGCCUCUUCUUGGGAGAAAAUCUUAAUUGUUAUCUACCUUAUAAAAUCAGAUAGUGUUUUUCCCCUAAGCAGAAGAGCAAGAUGUGGCUGUGGAGUUUGGUAAUUGUGUUGUCAGUAUACAUACAAUGCAAAGUUACUUUUCAAAAAUUCAAACUUUGUAAAUACACUGCACUGGUCUGCAGCCAGCACUUACUGAGCUUUUCCCAACCCAAAGUCCUCUGUUUUUUUAGCAGAUCAGAAUCAGUGGUAAUGCUCUUGGGGUAAAGUGAGGGCAGCAGGAGUGGGCCCUAAGGAGAAUAGAAAAGCUCCAUGUGAUUUACUGUGGGGUCAGGGCCAUUAAAGAGCAGCCUAUUCUGUAAAGAAAAACAGCCACAAUGUGCUAAGCUAUUUCAAAUCUAAUCACACCUGCAGUUCUCAGAUGCACAGCCAAGCUGCUGUAGCCAGACUGAGCAUUUAGAAAUCCCAUUGUACCCAAAGGAAAGUGCAUUCUUCUGCCAGAACUGAGGGAGCUAUUCAGCCUUGUGUUCUGGGAGCUUCCUGAGCUGCAGCCAUUACGGUGGUACCGCAUUUCCUGAGGAGUUCACCCCCACUGAUGAAGAAAUAAGACUGAACUGAUUCAGGUCUAGGCCUAACGCUCGUCUCUGCUGCUGCUGCUUAAGGAUGAUUGAAGUUCCUGAGCCUGCACGCUGCUCUAUCCAGAGGGACCUUUGUCUCCACCUGGAGUCAACUGCAUUAAUAACACUUCUUCUAUACUGCCAUCUGCUUCACUGGAUCUGUUUGCAGGACUAGCCGUGGGUUGCUGGGGUUUUAUUUUAAAUGUAAAGAUGUCUGUAAUUUCCUAAUCAAAAGCAAGAAAGAAAGCAGAAUGAUGUAUUUUUUUAAAUGAGAAGGUAAUAAAACCAAGUCUGAAUAUUUUGAUAGAUGUGCUGGAAGGUUAUAUAAUGUAGCAAACAGUUGCACUAUUUUUAUGUAGUAUGAGUAGCUAACCUGAGAAAUAUUUGUUCUUUCUCUAAGUCCUCUUCCAGUUCUAAAGUUCGGAAGUUUAGGAGUGGAGUACAAAGUCUCAGUGAAAUGUGAAGCUUAUGUAAAUAAAUCUGGUAGUUAGCUUUGUGAGGUAGCCUAUUACAUUUGGGUUUUUUUCAAUUAUCUCAAAUACCGCCUAACUAUUUGGGGCUUUUUUUCCCCCAAAAAACCAAAAAGCUAAAUAGUGACACUUCUGAAAGCAUCUGUUCUUCACACAAAAUCACAGUCAUAUGGAAAUUAUAUUCUUCAGUUCAUGUAAAGCAGCUUUACAGGGGCCCUUUAGUAUGCACUGUUACUUUUUCUUAACAAUCCUUGACUAUUUAAUUCCCUCUGCUUUCUCUCUGCUACCCUGUUUUGUAGAAUAUGAGGCUUGCAGGGAUUCUCUGUAUUGUUUUUGUAAUACAUGGUUUGGUUGGUUUCUAGAAAAACCUUUAAUGUUGUAGUCAUUGUUCUUGGAUCGUGGAGCUCUAUCUGUAAAGAGAACAACAAUUUUAAAAAUGCCCUCUAUUUUUUCCAAGUUUAGUGUAAUUAGAAAGUUUAGUUAAGAGAAAUGUAUUCUUUUAAGCUCCUGUUAUGUUCUUUUCCAGUUAUUGACUGCUUUCACUAUAUGUGUACUUAGUACUGGUUGAUUCCUUUACUAUGGUGAAAAUGACAAGUUUUGUUAAUAUCAGAUGGAAAUUGUGGUUUUGGAUAAAGUUCUUCAAAUUGA